AUGACGUCUGGUACUGUCUCCUCGCUUGUUCUCCUGCUUUUGAGCUGUACACAGGUGUUCGCUCAAAAUGCAAACACACAACAGGUGUCAUUCAACCAAGUUCUUAAUGUCAAUGGCGAUAUGCAACUCAACUCUUUCCAAUUCCCCGACCGUUCAAAAGUCGAGACGUUCUCCCAGAAACAACAGCAAAUAAUCGUUAAUCAACAAACACCUUCCAUCCCCGCAAACCAGGUUACGGGAACGACUGGUCAGCCCUUUGUCGCUGUCUCGCCGCAAUCAAUGAUCAUUAGCACAAAUGGUGCUACGGAUCUAGUUGGUGGCCAGAUCGAGAUGGCUAUGACGAUGCAGAACUUGCAGGGCGUUGCGGUGCAACCGGAUAACACAUACGUGGCUAUGCUGUCGCCUGACCGUCAAUCCUGGAUGAUUCAGGAAACUAUGAGGAGUGUCAACACCACUGAUAUGACGGUCCGCAUGGUUAAGCGCACCCAGAUGGACGGCGAGUACAUGGUUGUUGGUCGUCAGACUGUCGAGACCAACACUCUAGUUACUCCUUUCGGCAGUGAUGGCAGCACAUCCGUCGCUAUCCAGGGUACCGGUCUGCAAGAGAACGAGUUCCAGGAUGGCUUCAGAAUGUCUACCCGCGCUACCCAGCCCAUGACCAUGAACGUCGAUGUCAAGGAUGGUAUCGAUUCAAGCAUGUUGGCCGCUCUCCAGGGCCAGGCCCCAGUCAACGACUACCGCUACUCGGUCGUCACCAACCUGGCUGCUGUCACCCCUAAUCUAAACCAGCAAGUCACCGUUGUCCAGAUGCCCAUCAACGCUAUCCGUAUCCAGAAGAUGAUGCAGGCCAUGGGUGUUCCCCCUACCGGCCAAGUCGCUAUCGCCGUUGCUCAGCGCGGUGUUCUCCAAAACCCCGGAGGCGCAACAGGAAACCUUGGUGGAGCCGCCACCCAGCGUCGUGGUCUCAGCCGUGGCGAGUUCAGACGCCAGAUCCAGCAGGGCCAACAGCAGGGCACACCCACCAACGGCAACAACCCCGUUGCGGCUCAGCUCCUUCUUGCACCUACCUUCACCCCCGUUCAGGCUAAUGCCGUUCUCGACCAGGCCAACAUGCGCAUCGCUGUUCCCAUCCGCCAGAUUGAUGGAGAAUACAUCCUCACUAUGCAGGUCAUGGGCGGCGCGCAACCUGCACAAGCCGCUCAACCCGCUCAACCUGCUCAACCUGCCGCUGGAGAGGGACAGACACCCACUGCUGCCGAGCCCGCUACCCAAUCCAGCUUGACACCCGCCGCAGAAGCUCCCGCAUCCAGCGCCAGCGCAGCUGAGGGUGAGAAGAAGAAGCCUACCAUGGAAGGCUCCACCGCCAACAGCACCGAGCCCGCCAAACCCGAGCGCCGUCAGGAGAACAAGGACUCUGGCAAGGACAAGUACGGCCUCGACAAGGCACCUCAAGGUGCUGUCAUCAUGACCAUGAAGGAGAUUGACACCAUGGUCAACGCCGUUACAUGGGGUGGCCAGGUUGCCAUUACCAAGAUGAUGAGCGAGUAUGUCAAGGAGCAGACUGGCAAGGACAUGGCACCUAUCAACAACGGCACUGAGACCGCGGAGGCUGGUACUAAGAUUGUUGUCUAA